GGUAUCGCGAGAUUUGGGCUCGGUGCAUGCGCGGACGAGGCAAGUGGUGGCAUUUUGUUCAAAGUGACGCGAGCGUGGAGUUGGAGAUGGGGGUUUCCAGGUUAUGGACAGCAGUAGAGCAGCCAGUAUGAUGACUAUCCAUUAUCACCCUUAAGAAGGUAUAAUGAAAAACUACAGCAAUAUUGCACUGGACAGGACAAUAUGAUUUCAGAUGCCAUAACAGAAACUGAAGCCCAAGGCCAUGGCUGUACGACAAAGCAUAAGUGUGAUGGACAUCUCUUGAAACAGAUAGCAGCUCAUUCAUUUGUGGAUACUAAAAUUGUGUCGAAAAUGGAAAAACCAGGCUCAUUAAUUCACGUUAUUGAAAAAUUGAGCAAGAUCGUGGAGAAAGGAAGAUCAAAGCAGUGUUCUCUAGUUGGUCAAAAGAGGCCUUAUAUUAGUACUUCUGAUACAAAAAGUGCAAUGAUUGAGCAGACAGACAGCUAUGAGAGCACAGCCAAAAAACUUAUGAAUUCAAACCAGGAAAUAAAGGAUAACAUCUCAAUUAUUCAGACUUAUUUUAAAACAGAAGAUCUGCCUCAGGGUUGUAACAGACUAGAUCUGAGGACUCUUGAUUCUGCAGAUAAAUCUAAAGCUUCAAAAAGCUUCUGUUGUACCCUCUGUAACUUUGUAACUGUAGUGCCAUCUGUCUAUUAUACACAUGUACGUAGCCAUAACAACAUUGAGAGCUACGCAUGUGAUCAGUGCAAACUUUGCAACCACGGUUUCUAAAGAUUUUGUGGCACACAAAUACUUGCACAGGAAACUCACCCGUUAUCAGUGCAAUUUAUGCAAAUUCAAUUCGUUGACUUUUUCACAGUUAAAGGAGCACUUUGAGCUACAUGGAAAAUCAGGUGAAGUUGUAUUGAUGUGUUCUGAGUGUUGCUUUGUUUCCAAAAAGCAAGAGGAACUUGAAGCUCAUAUGUGGAUGCACCUUGAGGAUGCCCAGAUACAAAGAAAACAGCUUUUGCCGCAGCAAUUAAGGCCAAAUGCCAUAGAUGGUGUGGACAGCAAAAAUACAAAAUCAACAAAUAUUGGUUUUGACACUGAACCAGGCCCAAGAAAGUGGUACACAUAUGACCAGUAUGGCAUGUACAGGUGUUUGAUUUGCAGUUAUGCUUGUGAUCGUCAGAGGAUGUUAAAAACCCAUGCAUGGAAACAUGCAGGUGAAGUAGAUUGUUCUUAUCCAAUUUUUGAGGAAUGUGAGCCAGCUACCUCAGCAAUUCCUUCCACUGGUCUCACAGCUCAUGAGGAUGAAUCAAUAAUUGUUUUCUCACCAGCUCACAAAUCAGAAAGUGGGCACUGUGUUGGUUCAAAUCCAUUGCAAUUUUGUACUCCAGCUCCAAUCACUGUAAUGGACUCAGUGGACUCCAAGGCCUCAUUAUCUGACACUGCUGUGAAAAAUUCUGAUCUUAGCCAGUCAAAAGCACCUACUCGUACUGUAGUGGAAAUUGUUGAAGAGGCACCUCUGAUGCUUGAUUGUGAACAAGAAAGUACAAUUUCAGAUAGCCUUCUUUCCUCUGCUCAGAAGAUCAUUAAUUGCAGUUCUAACAAGGCGGGACAUGUCAAUGUCAUAGUAGAGCGUGUCCCUGGAGCUGGGGAGAGUGUUCCAGAAAAGCACUUUCUGAUGACACCAGACAUUGAAGUUGAAAAGAGGCUUAUCUCUGAAAAAUCUCACAUGAUCUAUUGUGAAGAUUCUUCAGACAUAUAUCAACAAGCUACCAGUGCAGCUGAACUGGAAACAGCUGUCUUAAGGUGGAAUCCAGAAGAAAGUAAUAAUGCUUUAAAAUCUACUGAACCUGCAGCAGUUGAUGAAAAUGUUCCCCCAGCAAGAAGGAGAACCAAUUCUGAAUCUUUGAGACUUCAUUCAUUGGCUGCUGAAGCUCUUGUUGCAAUGCCAAUGAGAGCACCAGAAUUUACCAGAGCAAGUGUCAAAAAUCCUGAACCUGAUGCAGGACAGAGAAACAUGGAAGUCAAUUCUUCUAUUGCUCCAGCUCACAGUUAUUCUGAAGAUGGUACUAGUAAUGACUUGCAACUUGAUGAGACUAAAUCAGGCUUUUCCGAAGUACCAAUCAGAAUGGGCAUCAGCAUGUCACUACUCACUGUGAUUGAAAAAUUGAGAGAAAGAACAGACCAAAAUGCUUCUGAUGAAGAUAUCCUGAAAGAAUUGCAGGAUAAUGCACAAUAUCAACCUUCAAGUGAUCUGAGUUCACCAGGCAACCUAGUGGAGUAUAUACCAAACACAGAACGGCCUUACCGUUGUCGCUUAUGUCAUUAUAGCAGUGGCAACAAGGGAUAUAUUAAGCAGCAUUUAAGAGUGCAUCGGCAAAGGCAGCCUUAUCAGUGUCCAAUCUGUGAUCACAUAGCUGCUGAUAGCAAUAAUCUGGAGAGUCAUAUGAUAAACCAUUGCAAGACCAGGAUGUAUCACUGCAAAAGAUGCAAUGCUGCAUUUUAUUAUAAGAGUCAGCUACGGAACCAUGAACGCGAACAACAUAGUCUUUCUGAUAUUUCCUCAACUGUGGACACAAAUGAUGAAAAUACUGACUUUAGUGGAGAACGGAAAACAGGAAACACACAAGAAGAAAUACUUUCACCUCAGAAAUUAUACAAGUGCGAUGUCUGUGAUUACACAAGUUCGACCUAUGUUGGUGUACGAAACCACAGAAGAAUCCACAACACUGAUAAACCCUACAGGUGCAGUAGUUGUGACUUUGCAACAACAAAUAUAAACAGCUUAAAGUGUCAUAUGAAGCGCCAUCCGCAGGAGCAACAAACUGUUCAGUUGCUGGAACAGUACAAGUGUUCUCUGUGUGGUUAUGAGUGUAGCCAUCCACCCUCGUUGAAGUCACAUAUGUGGAAACAUGCAAGUGACCAAAAUUAUAACUAUGAGCAGGUGAAUAAGGCCAUAAAUGAAGCAAUUUCUCAAAGCAACAGGUCUCAGGAGCCCCAAAGAAAACUUUCAGCUGAAGAAGUUGAAGAAAUAUCACCACCACCGUCUGUUCUUCAUCCUCUAAAUUCUGAUAAACUUGUGGCUACUCCAGAAACUAUGAGCCACGUUACUGAUGGAAACAGAAGCCCUGAAAAAUAUCAGAAGUUGAAUUCAGAUGUAAAUGUGAACAAUUCACCAGUAAAAAGUGAAAGUCAGACUCGUUCUGGCACAGAGUACUGUGUUUUACUAUUCUGUUGCUGUAUCUGUGGAUUUGAAUCCACCAGUAAAGAGCUGUUGAUGGAUCAUAUGAAGGAGCACGAAGGCGAGAUUAUUAACAUCAUCCUUAACAAGGACCACUGUUCUCAGUCUGAAUAGGGCAGAUCGGACUAAAAAAGCCUGUGAAAUCUCUAUUUUAUUCUUUGUGGAUGAAGGCAUGAAAUAAGCUUGUUUUAGUGUGAACAGAAAAUGAAUGUUAACAUUUCAAAGAAUGAUUUCUGUCUUUUUUAAAUGUUGUCAGCAUUGCAGUUUUCACAUUCACAAAAUUAGUGCAAGUAAUAAGAACUGUAAAUAACCUAGAAGCAAAAUGCUCAAGGAUUAUUUUAAUGUUUCAGUUUCUCUACACUUCUCCACCUCGUGUUCUUAAUACUGACAUUUUUGAUACAGAUUGUAUUUCUGUAUUUAUUUAACUUUUUUAUAUUUAUGCAUGUAGUUUUCAGCUGUUACAAAGAGUGAGCUGUUACAAGGCAGUCAAGUUGUAUUCACAAUGCACUUUGGUCAUGGUGCUAUUUUAUAAUUGUAUCACUGAACAAAUCUCUAAAGGGCAACAGUAGGGGAAGGAGAUGUUGAUGAAAGCUUUGUCCUUGUUAGUAGUAAUAUAAAUAUAGAUGGAAUAAAGAUUUUAUUUAAAGCUUCGCUUAUUCAUGUCUAUCCAGGGAACUAUUCUUGUCUAAGUCUAUACAGGUUUUACUCAUAAAUUACAGCAGACCUACUUCAAACGCACAUAGACUUUACAGUUCACUGUGAAUGGAAAGGUGGGAGGAUAAAAUCUUAUCUGGGUAGUUUGUCUCCUAAUAACAGUUUUUGUACAUCUUUAAAAUGGAUGUCAUGCUUUCAUCUGCUUGUCAUGUUUUUUGUUCACAAGUACAUUUUACUACAGACAAAUUACCUUUGAAAUUCCAUACUGUACUGCUGAGUUAUUUCAAAGGAAUUGAAAGAUCACAUCUGUUUCAGCCAUAAAAUACACUUGACAUUUUAAAACAAACAUUCUUCGGAAUGGGUAUUUGCUAACUUAUUGUAUUUAGUUCAGAUCAAUAUUUAAGGUUUGGAAACAUUCAUGAGGCUUAAAUGCUUCAAACUGAACAUAUUGAGAUCUAUAUUAAAAGUGAGUUUUCAGGGUCUGCAUUUUGCUAUGCUUUUAUCAUGAGUGAAAAUUAUUCAAAGGCAUCUUUAAAGGAUUAAUAUUUAUAGAACCAUUAACUCCUCAGAGGUUUGUCCUGGGCUUUUGUUGUCAUAACGUAGUCUCUGGCGACAAGAAAUUGCCAUUAGUAUUGUAAGAAAAGUUAGCAUUUUGAUUUGUAAUGAGUCCUUGAAAAGUUGCCAUGUUUGAUUUUACUGUUUAAUGUUAUGAUAAGCCCUCAUUUUGUAAGAAAUAUUGCACUGAAUCAUAUGAGCUGAAUAAGCACUGUAAGGUAUCUUGCUAAGAUUCAAUUUACAACAAAUGAAAUAGUCCAUUUGAGACAGGAAUUCACCUAAAAUUUGUAAUUGCAGGUAUAAACAAUUUGAAAUUUAUGCUGAAUUUACAUUUAAAGAUAAAAGAGUAAUUUGAUGUUAAUUUUAAAACAAUGUUUUACUUUUCAUGCAGUUAUUGUGAUUAAAUAAUCAUUAAGUAACUUACAGUUUUACCUUCUGAAUUGUUCAUUUAUGAAAUGUAUUGUUCAGUUUUGAAAACACUGAAAUUUUAACUAUUUGGUUUGAGCAGUGAAGUGAUCUUAUAAAUAGAAAUUAAAAGUCUAAAAUCUAUGUAAAUUCCUAAUAAUUAUGAGGAAGUAGACCCAAUAACAGCCAAUGUAAAGAUAUGGUCUUUGACAAAUAUGAAGGCAGCUCUGUCUUCAGCAAAUAUGUGGCAAAAUUGGUAUUUGUGAUUUUAUAAAAAGCCAAAACAGACAAUGAAUCAUUUCAAUUCAUGCUCUUAUCAUACUACUUGUUUUUCAACAGAUGACGUUAGCCGAACAUUUUCACUUGAAUUUGGUGUCUCUUUAAAAUGUGAAGAUUGUGUUUGACUGAGAACAUCCUUGUCCAUUGCGAGGUAAACUUGUACUAUAUACUUAGUGGCAAAUGCAUUUACUCGUACCCAGAGAAACUUGCUCCAAGUACUGAAGUGGGUCACUUUGUUUUUAAAAGGAAAUGCAAAAAUUCUUGUGUUGAACUUUGGUUGACUUUUCAUAUUUUCAGAACAUUGAAUAUUGACCAUCAUUUUCACCAUGGAUUGUGGAAGUGUAUGAAUCAUUUCGUAAAUAUCAGCUUGUGCCAAUUUCCAUUGCCUAAAAUGGGUAAAAGCAAGGCUUGGGUUAUAAUAGCCAUAUAAGUUAACAUUCUGUCAGGGAGUAUAACUGGAACCUGUUUAGACUGGUUUGAAUGUUCACUUGAAAGCCAGCUGUUCAGUCCAAUCUUUUAAAUGUUUGUUAUAAUUGACAGUCGAGCAGUUCGUUGAAAAGCGUAGGAAUUGAGCACAUGAUUCUCUUUGAUUAGACUCGUGCAAGUUACCUCUCCUAGGAUACCAUGUACUGUCUUUAAAUUUACCUAACAUUUACUUCAGCAUUCUGGAUCGUUGGCAGUUAGUAGCAUGGAAAAGUAUGACUAUUAAGGGCCCAAAGUGUUAAGUCAAAAACUAACCAUAUUUUUCAUUUUGCUGGUUACAUACAUACUUUUAGCAUUUAUUUUCUGGCAAUCGUUUGUUAGAAAUGCAUAACCAAAAAAAACUAUCAGCAUAGAAAAUAUUAAGUUCUUAAAACUAGAAUUGCCAGUACAAAAUACUAUUUUCAGUAAAGUGUUUGCCAGGGCAUACAUCUGGACUUGCAACAAAGACAAUUGUACAGUGAAGUCAUUUUAUUCAAAACAAUGUUUUUAGAGAGCAGAGUAAACAGAAAUUAUAAAAUGGACUGCUCCCAAUAAAACAGCUUUUUCUCUAGAAAUAGAAGCAGUGAGCAGAUCAUUGUAGCACACAGAUUAUGUGUAUAAAAUCAAUCUCAGUCACUCAUAGCCACUCACAGCAGUGUUGUAACCUGACAUGAUUUUCAAGGGAAAAAUCACCCAAUAACCUCCACUCUGGCUGAGAAUAAUACAAUCACUAUAUGCAAGUGAUAAAAUAUCUUCUUCCCUUCAUAUUAAAGGCAGAAAUAAAACAAUAAAAAUAACAUUAUAUUUGUUCUUACUUAUGGAUUUAUCCUAAGUAGGAUUAUUUGUUAAUAAUCCCUAAUAUAUCUCCUAAAAUUUAGCAAUAGUUGGAAAAACCAUGUGAGGUCUUCGUGGAUCAGCAGAUAUUUGAAAGGUACUAGAAAGCAAUAUUGAUAUAAACGAAGGGAUUUGAUCAAGUAGGCUGCUAAUGUACCAGCUGCUGAUACUUGGUAAUUCAAACAGAAGUGAGUCAUAGAAUCAUACAGCAUGGAAACAGGCCCCUCAGCCCACCAUGUCCAGGCUGACCAUCAAGUAUUCUUCUAUAUUAAUCCCAUUUACUAGCACUCGGUUCAUAGCCCUCAACGUUGUGGUGAUUCAAGUGCUCCUCUAGCUACUUCUAAAUAUUGUGUGAGUACCUGCACAAUAUUUGGAAGUAGCUAGAGGAGCACUUGAAACCAAUAGUUUCAAAUUGAAAUAUAAAUGGGACUAAGAUUUUGAGAAAUUGAUUGCUGCUUUGUAGCCAACUUACAUGGAAGAAAAUAUCCUAUUCAUAAAAAAUGAUUGUGUUCAAUUUGGUAGAAUCUCAAAUUCUUGCAAGUUCUACAACGGACAAAAUAAUCGAAGUCCAUUAUAAGCCAACAUUAUUAACCUGCUUUGCAUUCAAUAAUAAGUCAAGGUGUCUGACACUGAAGUAGGGGACAUUCUAUGAUGGGAUUUUUUUUUAAAUAGUUAAAGGCUGUUUUCAAAUGGUUAUUGGCAGUGAUGUUUCCAUGGACUGAAAGAAUACCAAUUUCCAUUUCUAAAUGUCAGUGCUUGAAGGAUUUUUCUUUAUGCUACAUUUAGGUUGGUCUGUGUGAUCUUACAAGUGCACUGAAUCCUGAGUCAUGAAAUAGACUAUAUUAGAUUAACUACUAUGUAUGCAGUGCAUCACUGGUAGAGAGAAACUGUGAACUCCUACACAAGUGUGAUAUGUAUGAUCUUUCUGCACCAAAAUGACAUGUGCCCAUUUGGUUUACAGGACAUCAUUAAAAGGUUUACCUGAAGCCUUUAGAUCCUACAUGCUUUAUUUUCAUUCCUGUUGUUUUAUGACCUAUUCACAACAGAUGCUACAUUUCACAUUUAUAUUGCUAAAUGCUUACAUUUCCAGUAAUAGAGAUACUAAAAAUAAAUUCAUGAAAAAUAUUAAACAAAAGCCUAAAAAGAUAUCCCAUCUAUAUUCUUAAGUAUUUUAAAAGCACUUAGUUAAAAUGUAAUAUACAGUUGUUAAUGAUCCAUAAGUGUAUAGCAAGAAAUUUUAAAAAUUGAUAUAAGGUGGAUAUUACAACUGUAUAAGUAAGGUAACAUACAGGCCAUUUGAUAUUGAAGAAUUAUUUUGAAUACAUGUAAUUUUCUUCACAAAUAUCACAACAACACUAAAACAUUUUGUUCACCAAAGCAUAGCUUUCAAGAAAGCUGGCGUGUGUGUUACUGUGUGUGUGUGUGUGUGUGUGUUGCUGUGUGGAAAUGUGUGUUCAGGCUCAGUCUACAUAUUGAGCUCCAUGCCUUACUGCGAAAACCUGUAUGGAUUAUUUACGAUUGAACAAAUCAAGUUCUUUCUGUGUUAGUUAAACUAUGCUUGUAGUUCCUUUGUAAUUAUUGUAUGUCUUAUUGAAAUGUCC